UGACACAGUUGAAGUGAACACGGGGCGAGGUCACAGGAGGGAAUAUAAAACAUUUUUUGUGAGGCACAUUUCAUUUUCCUUCAUUCAUCAUCGCUGCAGCAGCUCAACUUUCAGUGACAGCAGCGAUGGAAGCAGCAGUUUUGUCUAGAAGCAGAGCGGGGGGGCUGUUCUUCCUCUUCACUCUGCUGGGUCUGGUUUGCAUCACGACUUCACUGAUGGAUGACAACACACUGGAGAAGUACAAGAGAGAGGUACAGGAACUGGAACAAAAACGGGAGAAAAGGAAGGCACACGGGGCGAGGUCACAGGAAGGAGAGUAUACCACAUUUUGAGGUGAGGCAUCAAAUCAUUCCCUUCAUCCAUCACCGGUACAGACGCUCUCCUUUCACUCACAUCACAGCGAUGGCAGCAGCAGUUUCAUCCAGAAGCAGAGGAGCAGCGGGGGGGCUGUUCUUCCUCUUCACUCUGCUGGGUCUGGUUUGCACCGCAGCUUCACUGAUGGAUGAGAACCAACUGAAAUAUCUCAAGGAAACAGUUCAGGAAGUAGAACAAGACCUGGACAAAUUGAAGGCAGACAGGGACACCGACUCAGAGUUCAGUAAUGGAUUCAUGAGCCUCCUUGACCCAACGAUGGCGUUUGUGAGGAAAGCUGCGGAAGGAUCACCUGAAUUAUCUGCAUUCACGGAGGAAUAUCUAAAGAGCACUAAGGGCUUCAUGGAGAAUGUUAAGUCUCUCAUGGAUGGGGAUAAUGAGGAGCUAGAUGCAAGGAUUUUGAAAUUGCAACAGCGUCUGAGAGCAAGCAAGAAAAAAGUCCAAGCCCUGGAGGAGUACCAUGCUGAAUUGUAACCUCCAUAUCAACCAGUGCCUCCAUGAUACUGCACCUAUUGUAUCUGGGAGGUUUCUAUUUCUUACUGAGCUGCUCCAUCUUUACAUUACAAUGCACUGGCUUAGAAAUCAUGAAUUUCUGUAAUUUAAAAUAGGUUAUCGAUAAUAGGUGUGUUGACCUGCAACUGUAAAUGAAUACAUGUGCUGUUCAAAUGUACUAUAUUCAAUGUUGUUGCUCAACAUAAUAAAAACAAUGUUUGUAUAACA